UAUUACUUCUUACUGUUGUAACUUCCCAAAUAUGUUUUCCCCAGGCUAACUGUUUACAUAAAGUGCAUUCCAGUACACUCCAUUAUUAAUGCUGGCUGAAGAGCACAGGAAAUUCUUCCUACAAGUUCCUUGCCCUUCUCACUUUUUCCUAGCUGCACUUCAUGGUAGGAAGGACCUCGGCUUGCUCGUCUCUGAUCCACACAGACGUGAAGGGCAGCUUCGCUACAACGGCUUCACUCGCACCAUCUGCAGGAUCACUGCGAUGACCUCCCCCAGGCUGCUGGCGCUGCUCCUGCUCAACCUCGUCUGUGGCCUGCAGGUGAGCCUCUCGGACCUCCUGGAGGACAACAAGAUCCCCCCCAGCCUGUGCACGGGACACCCUGGUAUACCGGGCUCCUCAGGGGUCCAUGGGACCCCGGGCCACCCGGGGAGAGACGGUCGGGAUGGGAGGGACGCCGCCCCGGCGGAGAAGGGAGAGAAGGGAGACAGGGGACAGCAAGGGGAGCUGGGAAUGAGGGGUAUCACCGGAGACAACGGAGACCGUGGGGAAAAGGGGGAGCGGGGGAAGGAAGGAGAGUGCGCCGUCGCUCCCAAAUCCGCCUUCACCGCCAAACUCUCCGAGACGGUGGCCACGCCGCUCACGGUGGGCGACGCGGUGCGCUUCGACAAGGUCACGCUCAACGAGCAGGGCGACUUCAACCGAGAGACGGGCCGCUUCACCUGUAAGAUCCCCGGGGUCUACUACUUUGCGGUCCACGCCACGGUGUACCGCGCCAGCCUGCAGUUUGACCUGAUAAAAAAUGGCCACACCAUGGCGUCCUACUUUCAGUUUUAUGGCAACUGGCCCAAACCGGCCUCACUGUCGGGCGGCACGAUGCUCCACCUGAUUCCUGGCGACCAGGUUUGGGUCCAGAUGGCGUUGGGGGAAUACAGCGGCUUCUACUCCAGCAGCAAGACCGACAGCACGUUCACAGGCUUCCUGGUCUACUCUGACUGGAAGAACUCGGCUGUAUUCGCGUAAAAUUCCAUUCCAUUCUAUUUCCACUCACCUUGUUUCUCCUAGAACAGUCCCAACACAACCAACCCUUUUGGAGGCCUUUUUUAUUUGUUGGUUUGAAUGAUCAGAGCUGGUAUUUGGUAAUAAUAAUAAAAAGGUCAAUGUUG